CCUGGGGCAGGGACUCUUCGUGGGUCUCUGGCAGGGGCCGGGCAGCAGCGUUCUUCCGCGCGCUCCGGGUCCCCAGCUUUGCUCGGGUCGGGCGCCAGGAUCCACCAUGAACCGAUGCGCCGAGGCGGCCGCGGUGGCGGCCACGGUGCCGGGCGCCGGCGUCGGGGCUGCGGGGCUGCGGCCACCCAUGGUGCCCCGCCAAGCGUCCUUCUUCCCGCCGCCAGUGCCCAACCCCUUCGUUCAGCAGACGCGGAUCAGUGCGGCCCGACGGCUGCAGAUCAUUCUUCUUGGAAUUAUUCUACUUCCAGUCCGUGUUAUAUUGGUUGCAUUAAUUUUGCUACUGGCAUGGCCAUUUGCUGCAAUUACCACAGCAUGCUGCCCUGAAAAGCUGACCCAUCCAAUAAGUGGUUGGAGGAGGAAGAUUAUUCAUCCAGCUUUGAAGUUCCUGGGCCGUGCCAUGUUCUUCUCCAUGGGCUUUAUGGUUACUGUGAAAGGGAAGAUGGCGAGCCCUGUGGAGGCGCCCAUCUUUGUUGUUGCCCCUCACUCAACCUUCUUCGAUGGCAUUGCCUGUGUGGUAGCUGGGUUGCCUUCUCUGGUGUCACGGAAUGAGAAUGCACAGACCCCUCUGGUUGGCAGACUGUUACGGGCUUUGCAGCCAGUUUUGGUGUCCCGUGUUGACCCAGAUUCCCGAAAAAACACAAUAAAUGAAAUAAGAAGGCGAGCGACAUCAGGAGGGGAGUGGCCCCAGAUACUAGUUUUCCCAGAAGGUACUUGUACUAAUCGCUCCUGUUUGAUUACUUUUAAACCAGGAGCCUUCAUCCCAGGAGUUCCGGUGCAGCCCAUCCUCCUCAGAUACCCAAAUAAGCUGGAUACUGUGACCUGGACAUGGCAGGGAUAUACAUUCAUCCAGCUGUGUGUGCUUACUUUCUGUCAGCUCUUCACAAGGGUGGAAGUUGAGUUUAUGCCUGUUCAAGUACCAAGUGAUGAAGAAAAAAAUGACCCCGUUCUUUUUGCCAGUAGAGUCCGGAAUUUAAUGGCAGAAGCUUUGGCAAUACCAGUAACGGACCACACCUACGAAGACUGCCGGCUGAUGAUCUCAGCAGGACAGCUGACAUUGCCCAUGGAAGCUGGCUUGGUAGAAUUUACUAAGAUUAGCCGGAAACUGAAAUUAGACUGGGACGGCAUCCGUAAGCACUUGGACGAAUACGCGUCUAUUGCCAGUUCCUCCAAAGGAGGCAGGAUUGGGAUUGAAGAGUUCGCAGACUACUUGAAGUUGCCUGUUUCAGAUGUCUUGAGACAACUCUUUGCCCUCUUUGACAGGAAUAAUGAUGGCAGUAUUGACUUCCGAGAGUAUGUGAUCGGCCUGGCUGUCUUGUGCAACCCUGCCAACACAGAAGAGAUCAUCCAGGUGGCAUUUAAGCUCUUCGAUGUGGACGAGGAUGGCUUCAUAACAGAAGAGGAGUUUUGCUCCAUUCUGCAGGCUUCUCUUGGAGUGCCUGACCUUGAAGUUUCUGGUCUCUUCAGGGAAAUUGCCCAGGGGGACUCUGUCUCCUAUGAGGAAUUCAAAAGUUUUGCCCUAAAGCACCCAGAAUAUGCCAAGAUAUUUACAACGUACUUAGACCUCCAGACGUGCCAUGUAUUUUCAUUGCCAGAUGAAGUUCAGACAGCUCGGUCUGUGGCUAGUAAUAAAGUCAGUCCUGAGAACCAUGAGGAGGGCACUUCAGACAAAAAGGCUGAUUAAUCUGUGUUCCAGGGAAAGAAAACUGUGCUUCUGCCUGACUUUGGAAAGGUGUUGAUUGACAAUAUUGUAAAUGUACUUAUCAACUAAUGAUGUUCAAAACAGAAAGCUUUUUUACUAAAAUGACAUAUUUUCUUCCUAAAAUACUUUUAUUACCCUGCAUAUAUCAAGUAAGUUCCUUUUGUCUUACAUUGUGCUUUUACUGGUUGCUUUAACUGGUGAUAAGUGCUGUAUAUUUUUAUGAAUUUUUCAGCUCAAUUUUCAUAAUAAACUCAUUAGUCUUACUCUGUAUUGGCCAGUAUUAAUCAAUACCAUGAGUUUAACAAGUACAAAUAAUUUUCAGCCCUUUCACAUAUAAUAUUACUAUGUUUUCUCUAAUUACUUCCCUUUCUGAAAUAAGGAGUCUGAAAAACAUGGCAAAAUUUUGUAUCUUUAUCUUUGCAGAUAUAUUUUCCUAUUUAAAUUUCAGUUUCCUCGGUCACUGGCUAGGAGAGGGGAGUGCACCCUUAUCUAGAUGACAUUUUCUAAGAGCACACAAUCUCCUUGAUAUGCAUAUCUAUUGCAAGUUUCUUUAAAAUGCCUGCUAAGGUCAGCAUAUCCUUUAAUGCUAUCCAUAGUAUAGAAGGGACCAUGUUUUGAAAUGACUGCUGUGGCCACAAGCUGAGUGGGAUUGCCUUAUUGAAGGGAACAGUGAUUGCCUAAUGAGAAAAUGAAUUGUUUGCUACAGAGUUAAAUUUAAUUUGAGUUGGAUGGUUCUGAAGGUAGUACUUUCCCAAUAAAUAAAUCAGAUUUGUUCUAUUUAUAUAAUGGUCGAAUUUGUAUUUUGUACCACCCAAUCCAAGAGAGAGUUUUUAUUGUGUUUAAUUUUCCUCUCAAACUUUAGAGUGUGUCAGAAGUAUCCACAUAGAAAACAGACCUUCCAAUGUGUCACCAAUAGCCAAGGAAUCAAAAAGCUUAGUUUGUCAGUGUAUGGCCACAGGCUAUGCCCAGGCAGGAAUCCAGCAGCAACAUAUCCCCUCUAGGUUAGGUGAAAAAUUCUCCAAAUGCCAUUUUAAUUGGGACCCAUGUCUGCAUGCUCUUAAUAUCACUUAUAUUUCAGGUUUCGAAUAAAGAAGCAAUUUAUUAAAAGAAUAUACAAAAAUAAUUAGUUAAUACUCUGCAUUCAGUCUUUGAAACCAAAUUCUUUGCUUUGGCUAGGUUUCAGAAUGAAAUGCUUUUACACAUGAAGCAAGUGUCUUCUAAAUUGAUGGCUAAAUACAUAUUUGGAUAAUUGAGCAACAAAAUUUUCUCCUUAAGUAUAUGUAAUUAUUUGUUUUUCAUGUGUCUUAAAGCAUUUUAAGAGUCAUUAGAGUAGCUGAAGCAAUUGCUUAAGUAAUUAAUUAUGCUAAGUAAUGUUUACACUGAUACCUGCCAUAUGCAAUGAAUGUAUGUACUCAGGUGAGCGAGUGCAGAAAGCCCACAUGUUAAUCUACUAAUCAUGGGUGAAUGACAUUAGGAAUGAGAGGCUUUCUCUGGAGCUCUCAAAAACGAUCCCACUGUUGCCUGCUUUGUAGACCUCCACUCUGUCAGUAUGGCAUUUCUAUUUUAUGAUUUCGUCAAUGAGCAAACAAAUUUGCAAUGUAAAAUCUGACGACUUCAAAGUUCUGGUUUUAUGAUGUUUACCUCAAGUAUACUUUUUUACUUAAAAUACAG